CAUAUUUUAUAGUUAACGUGCCAGUUGUUGGCUGUACAUCGUGAAAGAUAGUCGUGUGCUUGAACUGUUUGUUAUUGUGAUAUUAUAGUGACUGAAUUUUUGUAAUAUGAAUCACUCAUUAGAAGAUUCACCAUUAUUAGACGCCGGUAUCACAUCAGAGAAAAUGGAGAAGUGGGUAGAAGCUCAAAGGAAAGGGGAGAAGAUUGAUAUAGACGUGUACGGGAAGCCGACAGACAAGCAACUGAAAGAGUUGGAACACGUCAGGAAUCUGAGCAAAGAGUUGCAAGAUAAUUUACAUGAUCUGGAGACUUCAGUCCGCAUAGCAGACGUGGAAAACCAAGCCAUGAACCCUACAGCACCCAUGCUGGACUUCUCGGAAGACCAUGAGUUCGUCUCAGCCAACCAGCUGGACAACUGCUACGGAGAGGAGGACAAAGUAGACGCCAGAGAAGAAGAGAAGAGAAAAUUAACUAAGGGUAAAGCGGAAAAAACAGCCAUACAAGAGUUUUACAAAGACCAGUGUGUGUUUUUGACGGGUGGUACUGGGUUCCUUGGGAAAGUGUUGAUUGAAAAGCUACUGCGGUCUUGUGGAAAUGUUGACACAAUAUACGUAUUGGUACGAGACAAGAAAGGAAAGGACCCAAGAGCUCGUCUUCAUGAGAUGCUCGAUGAAUUUCUUUUUCACAAAGCACACGAAGAAAAUCCCAAAGGAAUUCACAAAAUAGUACCUAUUUGUGGCGACAUGGUGCUACCCGGCCUGGGAAUAAGCGAUGAAGAUAGAAAAACUCUUACGAGCAGAGUGACUAUAAUUAUAAAUGCUGCUGCCACGGUGAAGUUUGACGAGAAAUUAGCGAUAGCGACCGCCAUCAACGUCAAGGGAACCAAAGAGGUGAUCAAACUGGCGAAGGAGUGUCGCAACUUAAAAGCUGUCACCCACGUAUCUACCGCGUUUUCCAACACGCACUUUAAACGUAUUGAGGAGAAAUUUUACGAACCCCCCAUGUCAGUGGAGGCGCUGGAGGCAGUUUCAGAGUUGGAUGAGAAUAUUAUAGAGAGCAUCUUGCCGACAUUGUUGGGAAAACGACCCAACACCUACUGCUUUACGAAGGCCGUGGCCGAAGAAGCUAUUAGGAAGUACGGAGAAGGGAUGCCAAUAUGCAUAGUACGACCAUCAAUUGUUAUUUCUACAUAUGAGGAGCCGGUCCGCGGCUGGACUGACAGCGUGUACGGGCCGACGGGACUCGUCAUCGGCAUUGGAACUGGGGUUCUUAGAACAAUGUACAUGGACCUAGACAAGGUAGCAGACAUGGUACCCGUAGACCUUACAGUCAACGCCAUACUUGCUUCCGCCUGGCACACAGCGAAGAACUUUAAAGAAAAUCAAACUUCGCACAUUCCUAUUUACAACUAUGUGUCGGGCGCUCAGAACCCAAUAAAGUGGGGUAAAUUCAUAGAAAUCAACAGAAAGAGCGGAAUUGAUAAACCAACAACCAAAGCUGUGUGGUACUACGGCUUGAAUCCCACAAACAAUUACUAUUUAUUCUUGUUCUUCAAUUUCUUCUUACAUUACCUGCCCGCUUUAUUUAUUGAUUGCUACUGCGCCCUCACCGGGAAGCGAAGAGCUAUGUUAACUAUAUACGGCAAGGUGAUGAAGCUAGCGAACAUCCUCUUCUAUUUCUCUACGCAAGAUUGGCAGUUUGAAGACAAUGGCGUAAGAGAUAUGUGGAACUCGCUUUCAAAUCAGGACAAAGUCAUCUUUCCGUUUAGUAUGUCCGAAAUGUCUUGGGAUUAUAUGUGCGAGACCUUCUUAUUGGGACUCCGAGUGUAUCUCCUUAAGGACGAUCUGUCUACACUACCUGAAGCCAGAAGGAAAUGGAACAGGUUGUUCCUGAUGCAUCAAGUGUUGAAAUUAGUUACGUUUAGUUUUGUUUUAUACAUAUUUUAUUCGAUAUUCAGGCCGAUUUUUUCAGUUUUAUUCGCUUAAAUUAUGUAUUAGUUAUUAUUUUUAGAUAUUUAAUAAUUAUUUGUACAAAAAUUAAGAAAACAUUCAAUAUGAGAUAUUUAUCGAUGAGAUUGUUUUGAUAUUAUCUACAAAAUUUGAAAAUGACAUAGUCAUCUAUAAUAACGAAAUUAUCUUUUCUAAUAUUUUAGAAAAAUAAGUGACAUUUCAACGAGAUUUUUUUAACAAAGAAAAUGUUUUAGGAUAUCGUUUUGCCUGCCUUGAUGGCGUAGUUAUAAUGCGUGCGCGAAAUGAUGCCGCUCUGAGGACCUAGGUUCAAAUUCUAGGUUGGGCAAAGUGAUAUUAAGUUUUUCUGCUCACUACCAGCCCGUAGUCUGAAAUUUAUGUCGGGAUGGCGAUGGGCUCGCUCCCUAUUACAUCAUGGGAUGAAACACACAAACGAAAAGUGGGUGCCCUGGUAGCACCUCUCGCUACCCUUCGAGGAUUAAGGCGUGUGUGAAAAUUUUAUACAUGUAAUUAUCGAAUAAUUGGGAUUUUGUGGGAUAAACAAAUGAAGGCUAAAUUUAAUUUAAAAUGGUAAGGCUUUAAGGGUUUUUAUAGGCCAAUUAACUUGUAUUGAGAGCGUCAAAUACAUCUAACCUAACUUCUAAUAAUAUUGUACCUAUGUAGGAACAUUUUGUUUGCUCAUAAGUAGGUGGAAUCUCUGAAACUACUCAAGUAAGGAAUUAAACAUGUUAAUAACAGAAAGUAACACCGUUCCUAAAUAAAAAUAAACACACACAAUAUUUUACGGUUAAAACUUACCACAUUUACAUUUAUUGCUUAAAAAUCAUGUGAUGGAACUUGCGUCUUGAAAUGUAUUGUAUUUUAUAUUAUCAAUUAUAUGAUUCAAAUUCUUUGGAGCGAUGCCGUUGUUAAUUUAACCAUAACAUAUAUUUAUAAAGAUAAUUUAUAUUCAGCGACAUCUAUUAAUGAGUAAUGAUAUUACGUGAGAUUAUAUCCAUUGUGAUACAUAAGUAAACUAUUGUAAAAUAGGCAUUUUAUAUUUGUGAAAUAAAUAGAUUGUUAAUA